GCCUAGGGUGCAACCCUAAAAAAAAAAGAAUCUUGCUUGGAGAUUUUUAUUUAAGCUCUCUCUCUCUCUCUCUCUCUCUCUCUCUCACACACACAGAGAAAUGUGAUGUGAGUAGUUUUUUUCAGUCUCUAAAAAUGCCCAGAUUCCAGAGGUUGGUACAGAAUUGCUUGUUAAUAAACUCAGGCAGUUAAAAGUUGUCCAGAGCUUUACAAUGCAGGCACUGCAUCUAUAAAGAAAACCAACGAGGUUUAUCAAAAAGAAAUGUAUCCUCUCAAAGAGCUUUCUAACUAGUUAAAUCAUUAAUUUCAGAGCACUCAAUUUUUUGUUCCCUUAUAAAAAAAUAUUAAAUCUGUAAAAAGAAUCUUUUUUCUUCUGUAAAAAGAACCUUUCUUGAACUCCAAGUUUAUGGAUGCAUGCUAGACCUUUUUUUGAAUUUGCAGUCUGAUCCCAAAACGACAUAGACCAGGUCACUUUAAACAUAAGUUUAAACAAUAAAGAGCAUUUUUAAUUAAUUACUUAUAUUCCGGGGCCAGGGAUCGCAUCCCAGCUGCAGAUGUGACCUGCACUGCACCUGUGGCACCACCCGAUCCCUUAACCCACUGCAUCAGGCUGGGGGCUGAACUUGCGCCUCUGCAGAAACCUGAGUCACUGCAGCUGGAUUCUUAGCCCACUGCACCACGGUGGGGACACCAGCAUGUAUUAUUAUUUCAGUCCAAUAAAUACCAGGCUGAAAUUCUACCACAAAAAAAGCUUUGAGUCUCAGCUGCAACCACAAAAGAGCUCUGAGGCACAGCGGACACUUCAAAAUACGUGGGCUCCUCACUGCUCAGGCCCGUGUUUACCCUCUGCUUUCUGUGCGCUCCACGCUAGUGACAGAGGGGACAAUCACGACCCGUGUGACUAGGUCUUGGGGUAGCUCAAAGUCCAAAGGAAAAUCCACAGCCCUGCACGCCCAUUAGUAUCAAAGGCUCUGCUCUGCCUGAGAGUAAAUUUAACAGAGAUAAGAUGGAAGAAAUUAGCAUUUUAAUACCGAACCACCAUGUGAUCCAGUGAUUCCACUUGCGGGUAUUUACUUGAAGGACAUGAAAGCACAGCCUCGAAAAGAUAGCUUCACCCUCGUGUUCACUGCAGCAUUGUUUACAAAAGCCAAGCCCCCCACACAAUGUGUCUAUCAACAGCUGAAUGCAUAAAGAAAAGGGGUACACAUACGCCCCCCCCCACUGGAACAUCACUCAGCUCUAAAAAGAAGGAAAUGAUGGCAUUUGUGCCAACAUGGAUAGACUUGGAGGCCACGACGCUAAGGGCGAUAAGUUAAACAGAGAAAGACAAACACUGUAUGGUCUCACGUGUGUAAUCUUAAAAAAAAAAGCCCACAAAACCGAACUCGUAGCUACAGAGAGAAGACCGAGGGGGAAGCGCCUUGCUGCUGAUGUGCGGCACCCACUGGCUAAGGUUUCAGGCGCGCUCUUCUUUCCCUGGCUGGGUAUUUGCGUUGCACCAUGGCACCCAAGGGCAAAGUGGGCACAAGAGGGAAGCAGCAGGUAUUUGAGGAGAACAAAGAGUCCCGCAUGUACCUGCGGAUCCCACCGGAAGCCAACACCAUUUACUGUCAUGGGACCUUGGUCGUCUUCUCAUCUGCCUUGUUUGGGGCCCAGAUGGCUCUGGGCUUCAGUCUGGCAGUUUAUGGGGCUGGCUACCACUCUAUGCGCUCGAUGGCAAGAGCAGCCUGCUCUGAGCAGGGGGCCCUGAUGGAUGGGGGAAUGCACCUCAGCAUGGAGCAGGGCAUGGCCGAGCACCUUAAGGAUCUGAUCCUACUGACAGCCACUCUGCAGAUGCUCAGCGGCUUCUCUCUCUGCAUCUGGCCCUCCUGGCUUCUGGCACCAGGCAGAGCCCUUUACCUCCUGUGGAUCUGUAGGAGAAAACGUCCCAAUAAAAAUGUACUGGGCCCUGGGUGCACAGCAGACCGUGGCAGCCCAGCACCAGAGUACGACGAAAAAAGGCAGCGCCGACAGGAGUGGUGGCAGAUGAAGUGGUUAUAGCCACCGACAUCGUGGCCACAGGUUUUUGGGCCCCGGGUGGCUCUGUCAAGCUGCAUAGCCCCUGUGCCAGGAGCUAUGAAAGCCUAGUCCAGGGGCCAAAAGAAGUCUAAGGCAUAAAACUGUUGAAUAAUUGGCUUACGA